GCGUCGCCGUGGUCGCUCGGCUUGGCAGCGGCGGACGUGACGCGACGUGACGUGACGUUACGGGACGCGGCGCGGUGUGCGGUCGCGGGUGCUGUGCGGGUGUGUGAAGUGCGAGUGUGUGCCGGCAUGGAGACGGGCCCCGGCUGAUUCCAGCCGACUGUGCAGUGCUGAGCGUGUGGUGUGUGUAGCGAACCGUUGCUUCCAUUUUCUCGUUGUGCACCGCCAGGGGAAAAGAAACAGCCGAGUGUGGAUACGUACCUCGAGGAGCGGACACCGGCCGGCGCUGCUAUGCGGAGAAUAAGCGGUAAGGAAUAAUUCCAUCGAGCUGUGAAGGCGCCAUCCGGGAUGUUUGCCAACUUGUGCGGAAAUAAGAAAGCAGCCGAGCACAAAGUGGGCGGUAUGAGCCGGCCGCCCAAGCCGGCGCCGCAGGUGAAGAAGGUGGCGCCGCCCGCGGUGCCCGACCAGUACCACGCGCACCAGCAGCAGCAGCAGCAGCAGCAGGGCCAGCAGUACCGGCUGUCCGGCUCCUCCUUCGGCUCGGCCGGCUACUCCUCCAGCUCGGACGACGGGCUGCUGACGCCCGCCGACGUCACGCCCCAGCAGCAGGCCGCGCAGCAGGCAUGUGACCAUAGUGAAGUAUACGAACUGACAGGAAAAUCACCCGGAGCACAGUUUUCGUACCCCGCCUUCACAUUCCCAGGUCCACAGGGUGUUCAGUACACACAGUUAAUGCAUUCUGGCAAGAGUGCAGCCUACUACCACCAGAUGUCUCUUCAGGAAGAUCAAGGAAUUGACAUGACACAGAGUCCCGGGAGAGACAGUCCGGGUUCUUCGGGCUCCGGGUCGGGCUCCGGGUCGCGCCACAGCACUGCGAGCCUGGACAGCGGGCGGGCGUCCGGCUACCACCUGCUGGGGCCGAGCAGCGGCGGCGCGGGGCUGCGGGGGCCGGGGGCGCUCUCGUCCAGCCCGCGCUGCUCCCUCUCCUCGUCCUCGCUCGCCUCCUCGGAGCUCGGCGGUCCCGCUGCCCGAGCCGAGAGGCUGCUGCAGCAGGGAGUGCCGGAUCAGGAUGUCCUACAUGCUUGGCUUAUGGAUCUUCAUUUUGAAGAAUAUUUUCCCCUGUUUGCUUCAGCUGGUUAUGAUAUGCCCACAAUAUGCAAAAUGACACCAGAGGAUCUCACGGCCAUUGGAAUCAAGAAACCAAACCAUAGGAAGAAACUAAAGGCUGAAAUUGCUCAACUUAAUAUUUCUGAUGGACUGCCAGACUAUAUUCCUGGUUCACUAGACGAAUGGUUGCGACUGCUACGUUUGGAAGAAUAUGGUCCGGCACUGCAUCAACAGUGUUAUAAAACUGUUGAAGAUGUCACUCAACUCACAUGGGAGGACCUGGAGGACAUCGGCAUUGUGAAACUGGGUCACCAAAAGAAGAUUCUCCUGGCAAUUAAACGUGUGAAGGACAUAAGAGCUGGAAAGAGAUUUCCUCCACAGCCAUCCCUUGCUGGGCCAUCCCAGGAGGUGUUGAUCGGAUCGCCCAGCGGCUUGCAUUCUCCGGACGAGGGUGAUUGUUACCCGCCUGGCGUGCACAGGACGUUCCACACAUUUCAUCAGCCCUGGGAGAUUGAGGGCAGCCAUCACAUGUUUAGCACAAUCACAACACCGUACUUCCAACCCAUGUACUGUCCAGAUAUUGUCCCCAUUAAGAUUCGUGGUGGUCGAGGAAAGUCACUGGAAAGUUUAGAAGAUGGCAGUGAGAGGACUCACCACACAUUUAGUGCAGAUAACACACAGACUUUCUACUACCAGCACGCCGUCCACGGGCCCGGAGGAUGGCGACCGCGCAGUUAUGACGACGGAGAUAUUACUCCGACAAAUGAAGCAGUUGCCCUACACGAGGGAGGUGGCACACUGCCGAGACCCAGGGGACUGGUCCGUCCGAGACCCGUCGCAAAAAUAGUCGCAAAGACACGUAACGACGGGUCGACAUUUGCCGUCCCCGAUUUUGAGAAGCCCGGCAGUACGUACUACAAAAGCUUACCGAGAGACCUUAUAGAUGUUAGCAAAUACGACCCGGAUCGGUAUUCAGGUGGCACCGGCAACGAAAGCCCGAGGAUGACGCAAAAGAAACGGCCACCGUCACCACCGAAGAGGCAGUCGUCGAGGACCGGCGAAGCGGACGUCGUAAUAGACUGUAGUGGGCCAGUGCCGAGAGCUACUGCAGACGUUCCCGGUAGUGGUGGACGAACUACUGUAGUAACUGUGGAUCUCCAUUCGACCGACCGGGGUACGUCAGUGUCGCCCUUGUCACUGCCGGCAUACCCGAGCGGGGCUGGCGACGACCUGGCAGAGCCCGACUUGCCCCUCCCACCCCCGCCGGCCCCGCCCUCACCACCGGGACUGCGAGAGUUGUCGACCAUGAGUCGAUCCUGGAGUAACAUGCCUACAACUUCUGAAGCACACGCUGCCAGCGUCGAGCAGGAGCUUAUAGCCAGUCUCGCGAUGCAGCAGGGGCGUAACGGCUCUGAUGCCAGUUUUAAAUCAAGUUCAAGCACAGAAUCAGAUUCCCUCCCUUUUGCUAAUGAGAAUGCAGGAACUAUAAAGCAAAGGGUGACAAGACCGCAUCCGACACUUACGACAAUGGAUUAUCCCAAACAAGAGUUUACUCCUUCUAAGAGGGUCCAAAAUCCACAAAGUGAUCUAGCAGCUAGUCAGAAGGCACUAAGAGACCGAUCAGCAUCACAAGAACCUGCUGAUGUUUUGAAUGAUAUUGGAAAUAUGCUCGCCAAUUUAACUGAUGAAUUGGAUGCUAUGCUUGAAGAAGAGAAGCGGCAAGGAUUAAAUCAGUGAAUGUACAUUUGUGCUUAAGUUCCUAGUGUAGGAAUAAAAAAAUUCCAAACUGACAUUGUUUUAUAGCUCAGCUGUCACUGUUCAUAAGCUGAACUGGUAGAGCUCAUCCAAAAGCAUUGUUUACCUCAUUUAAAAUUUGAACUAAAAAUGUGUGAUAUGGAGUAAUCUUGUAUGUCUUUGGAACAUAACUGAAACUGUCCAUACAUGAUAAGAAUUUAAUUUUUUAUCAAACAUAAAUGAUUAUUAAUGAAGUUGUGGGGUAGGUUCUAUUCCAUUUUAUUAAAUGUGAGUGUGCGUGAACUUAAUAACUUUCGAGUUCCACAAACCUGAAAGAGAUCAAUAGUUGUAGUUUGUACAACUGCUUAAAGAUACAAAUUUUAUUCACUUGACAUUAUCAUUUAUUUAAUUUUAGUGGCUGUAUUUAAGAAAAAAGAAGGAGAACUCCGAGGGGCAAAAGUCCUAUGCUACUGUGACAAUGCCUUGUUCUUGGCAGUAUGAAAAAGGCUGACAAAAUUUUUUGACUGGUUUGUGCAUAUGACUUUUCCCACACAGUAAUUAAUGUAAAAUAAUUUGCUAGUUGUUUAUUAGCAACUAAAUUAGCUUUAAAUAUAACCAUAAAAGUGAUCAAGUUCCCUUGAAAAAGUGAAAGUGUAGUUUCUGCUGAGGAAAAAGUUGUAUGUUGAAGAAUAGAGAGAUACGUCAUCCCAUAAUUAUGGUAGAAGAAAUAAAUGACAAAUGCUAUAACUGAUAGCAUGUUUUACUCUCACUUUAAGAACACCCCCUGUUAAACAAUAUUUUGCAUGAAGACUAAGUAAAAGGAAGUUAAUUGCAAUUUAAAAAUUUACAUUUAGUAGUGCCUUGCAGUGUAACACAUAAAAACGACUGCAAAAAGUUGUGAAAUAACCUCACAAACAAUUUGAGUAGUUGCAAGACAGAGAAGUUUGGUGGUGCAUCAUCUUUCAGAACUUGAAGUAUUCACUGGUUCACAUUGGAAAUUGAGGUCCUAUUUUUUCUCAAUCAGGUCUUUUGUUUACUUAUUUCUUUCAUAGUAAAUGGGGCUUCAGACAACAGAAUCUCAAACUGCUGGAAUGUUUCUUUUAAAUGAGUGAUGAACUCAGGUACACCUUUUGUGUUGAAAUCAUUUCUUUCCAAUACUGUGAUACUGUUCUUGGGAAGAAAGAACAAGAAAGAGAAGAGGAAGAAGAAGAAGAAGAAGAAGAAGAGGAAAGUGUAAUUAAUCUGGUACCCUGAAUAUUAAAGUUGGCCACUACUAACUGACUUCUCUUAAUAAUUUUGGAACUCAUCUAAUAAUUUGUUUUUGUCGUCAUGUUUCUUCAACUGAAAUAACAAACCUGGUUGAAAUACAUCCAGUAAUACAGCUGAGAAUGUUGUUGUUUGAAAGUGUCCAAGUUGAAGGCUUGUAUCAUUAUCCCAUUACAUCUUUUCUAAAAAAAAAGUAAAAGAUUGCUCCAUAUUCCUGUAUUUGUGGAUAAUAUCAAAUAACAUUGUGACUAAAAUAAAAUAAAAAUUUGUAUAUCCACAUGCAGAUAAAGCUCACUUGUUAUAAAUAGGUUACUAAGAGGGGACAAGACUGAUAUGAAUAUAAUACCUACAUGUUUGUUAUAUUCAUGCUACAGAAUUUUAUAACAAAGGUCCCAAAAUAAAGCAAUAUUCAGCCAGCUUCAUAUUAUUCACAAAUACACUUAUUGGUUUUUAGCACAUAAAUUGAAAAGCGUUCUCUCUGAAAAACCCACUUGACAAUUGAAAUGGGAAAAAAAAGUUAAUACUUUUAAGUCAAGAAUUAUUUCAUAGCAGUCAAAUUAUGCUUAGGGAUUGGUUGAGUAGCCUUUUCAAAGAUUCAUUAGAUGGCAAUGUUUUGUGUGAGAAUGUCAUGAAUGGCCCUUUAUGUUUCAGUUAAACUAUGUGAAUAGCUCAUGAUUAAUAUGUAGAUUUUUGUACAAAAUUAGUUAAGUCGCAUUUCAUAGAGAAUAAUGUUUUGUCUAGGAUAUCUAAUAAAUGAAACUUGAAAGAAUAUAGUGUAUAUGACACCAGAAAUUCUGGUAUUUAAUAAAAUAAAAUUAAUGAAGACA